AUGAUUGGGUCCGAGUGUGGAGAAGACGUGAAGAACGCUUUGCUCCAGUUCCUUGCAGUCACUGCAUUUUUAAAGACAGACAGUAAGGUGUCGUGGGUCCGUCACAGAGAUAUACACCUGCUUACGGUCGGGAGAUACACUUACACGUCUGACCAGAGGUUCAGAGCAAUUCAUCACCAGAGCUCCGAAGACUGGAGUCUCCAGAUUAAAUACCCCCAGCAUAGAGACACGGGGAUUUACGAAUGUCAAAUCAGCACAACGCCUCAUAUGAGCCACUUCAUCCACCUCAACGUCGUCGAACCCACGACAGAUAUAAUUGGUGGACCUGAUCUUUACAUUGACCGAGGCAGCACCAUCAACCUAACCUGCGUUGUACUCUACAGUCCUGAACCUCCAGCGUACAUUUUCUGGAACCACAAUGACGCUCAACCGGCAGCUUAUAUUAUGAGCAAAACAAUUCAAGUGUGCCCAAUGAAAAGGAAAUGGAAGUUUAUUGGCGUUUUAUUUGGACUUGGGCUAAUAGAGGUUUAA